AUGGUUAAAGCACCAAUAUCCAAAACAGUCGCCAUGGGACCACCGCUUAAAGAAAGUGAUACCCAAGAGACUCCUGUCCAAAAGAAGUCCAGAUCACUUAAACCAACACUGAAAGAGAUCACUGUGGAUUUCAUUAUGAGGACCAAAGUUCAUGGUUUGAAGUUUAUCUUCUUUCCGGACAAGUCGAAACUGCAGCGAGUCAUCUGGAUCAUGGCCUUCUUCCUUUGUAUCAGUCUGCUGUGCACCUUGUCCUGGAAUCGGAUCCUCUACUUGAUGUCCUACCCUGCCAUCACCAAGAUCUACAUGGUGUGGGCUCACAACAUGUCCUUCCCAGCUGUUACUUUCUGCAACAAGAACGUGUUCCGCAUGGCCGCUCUGACCAAGGAUGACCUGUACCACAGCGGCUACUGGAUGGACCUGAUGUACCCCAAUCACACAGUGGUGGAGCAGAGCGUGUCCCUGCUCAGAGACAGCCACAUACAGGGUCUCCUGAACCUGUUGGACUUCAAAAACUACACCCCGCCCCCUGAUAUCAGCACCAACACCACAGAGAUGAUGGGACGCCUCGGCCACCAGCUGGAGGACAUGCUGCUGGAGUGCAGGUUCAGAGGGGACCCCUGCACCUACAAAAACUUCAGCACUAUUUACACACGCUACGGAAAAUGCUACACUUUCAACUCUGGAAAAGACGGCAACCCUUUGUUGACCACAUUAAAAGGCGGCACGGGGAACGGCUUGGAGAUCAUGUUGGACAUCCAGCAGGAUGAAUACCUGCCUGUUUGGGGAGAGACAGAUGAGACCUCCUACGAAGCAGGCAUCAAGGUUCAGAUCCACAGCCAGGACGAGCCGCCCUUCAUUGACCAACUGGGAUUUGGUGUGGCCCCUGGUUUUCAAACUUUUGUGUCAUGUCAGCAGCAACUGCUUCAGUACCUCCCUCCGCCUUGGGGAGAUUGCAAGUCUACUCCCAUAGACUCUGAAUUCUUCUCCACGUACAGCAUCACCGCCUGCCGCAUUGACUGUGAAACUCGGUACCUGCUGGAGAACUGCAACUGCAGGAUGGUUCACAUGCCUGGGACCUCAACAGUUUGCACACCUGAGCAGUACAAAGACUGUGCUGACCCAGCUUUAGACUUUUUGGUAGAGAAAGACAACGAUUACUGUGUGUGUGAGACCCCCUGCAACAUGACUCGCUAUGGCAAGGAGCUGUCCAUGGUUAAGAUCCCCAGUAAGGCAUCUGCUAAAUAUCUGGCUAAGAAAUUCAACAAAACUGAGCAGUAUAUUGGAGAAAAUAUAUUGGUAAUGGACAUCUUCUUUGAAGCUCUGAAUUACGAGAAGAUUGAGCAGAAGAAAGCCUAUGAAAUUGCCGGGCUCCUCGGUGACAUUGGAGGUCAGAUGGGACUGUUCAUCGGAGCCAGCGUCCUAACUAUACUGGAAAUAUUUGACUACUUGUAUGAGGUGUUUAAGGAUAAGGUUUUGGGCUACUUCGUUCGCAAGAAACGUCCACAGCGUUGUCAGAGCGACAAUCUGAGCACCUGUGACACCCUCCGGAGUCACUCGGAGAGUCUCGGAUUCACGCCGAACAUGUUACCUCGUCACCCGACUCUAGGCAACUUCGAGGAGUUUGCUUGUUGACAACAUAAAGAAGGGGUUGGGGGGGAGGCAGGAGGGCACAUCCGGGGACUCGACAGCAAACUGUGACUUAAUUUAUGUAUUUAACAGAAACCGUUUGAGUAUACUAGUAGAGUUUAUCAAUGCCUGAAUAGAAAUAGAGUACUAUCAUCAGAAGAAAAGAAAAAAAAGAGAGAGACCACUUCCAAAACAGAACUCAGGUUUAACUGCCAUGUCAAGGCAUCUGUGUUAAUUUAUUCAUGUUUCAUUUUGUGGAUUUGUUUUUCUUAUGCUCUCACUUUUGAGUUAUACAAGCAGAAUAUAGAAAUAUGUUUAUAAAAUGCUUUCUGGGCUGUGAUGAGGUGUAGCUCUGCUGUGCCUGCUUUGCUGUACGUACCUCAACAAAUGAUAAUUGUGGAUUGGUAUCUGCAGCAGAGCAGAUUCUCAGCAGUGUUACGCCUCCAGCAUCUAACACAUGCUGUAGUGAGUGACCUUAUACUGUCACCAGCUGGAACAGGAGAGCCCUUUUACAUCUCAGUGAGCUGAUUGUUGGAUAAAAGAGCGGCUCAAUCCUGAAUCCCCUCACUAGACUGGUGUUUAAUGUUGCCUUUUGCUACUGUGAGGCUCUUAUGAAUUUAAAUGACUGUGCUUAAUCAAUUUAAAAACAGAAAGGGAACUUGAUUAUUUGUAUAUAAGUAUCUGGUUUUGUUCCACAGGGAUGGCAGAAACUGAACUUGAUGUGUUAGUUAACUUAAGUCACUUUCUACUUGUAGUAAGGGUUAGCCGAACAAGGCUAUUGAUUGUAUCUUUAUAUCCUGACAUUUCUAUUUCCAUUGUUUUUACAUAUUUUGGGAUUACCUUGCUGUGCAGUGAAAAUAUAUGCUAGCAUGCAGCUUGCUGCAGAAGUUAGCCCUUAUUUACAGUGAAUUCCUUAGAAGAGAAACAAUUUCCCUUUUGCCUUUUUAAUCAUUCUCAGAAACAGUUUUUCCAUUGCUGUGUCUUAAAGGUGUCCAUCAGCACAACCCCCUGUGAUAGUAACCUAUUCUCUAUUGAACAUAAGAAGACCUAAAGAGGUGUGUUGGUGACAUUCCUGAACUUGACAGAAACUUGUAAAUACCCGCAAUCAAAUGCCAUGAAGAAAUUCUGUACUGCUUAUGUGAGACAUUUGUCAAAUAUAUACUGUAUAUAUAUAUCAAUAUAUCUGAAUAUAGAUAUAUAUAGAGGAAGAUAAAGUGUUCUCCUUUCUGUUACUCAAGAGAAGGAAUUUGGACUUUCUAUCUGGGUGGACCGUAAGUGUCUUUGAGUUUCUGGUGAUUAUAGCGUGAAUCCACUGUAUUGGAUACAAGAGAAUUGCCUCAAAACAUUAAAAACCACUGCGCACGUCAGCCCCAUUUAAAACAAUUGAUUUAUAACGGAAAUGCAUUGUAAAAUUUGACCAUUGUAUCAUUUUAUUAUUAUUACUCCAGAACAUGUAAUAAGUCACAAAUAACAGUUUGUGAUGUAUAAAUGAACAAGUAUAAUAAACUCAAUAUUUACCCAUCUUACUCACGUACACAACUUUUCUUCUGAUCUUCGUGUGAGUCUCUCGUUGUUAAUGUUCACUGUUAUUUAAAUCCUUGACACUAGUUUUAUGGACUUGUUACUCUCACAUAUCCUCACUAUAAAUACUUUACUGGAAAUUCAGAGUAGUUUUUUUUAAUGUGAAAGUAUAAUGCUAAUCAAGUUGAGUGGUGUUCAUAACACUGUAGCUUUAUACUCUGUGUAUUAGAUGACUGUUGAUGUGAAGCACAAACCUUUGGAGAUCAGCCAUCACUUGAAAGCCAAUGACUGGACGUCUAUGGUUGUGACUACCUUUUGUGGCUCUAGUUUUAAGUACACACCCUGUUACUUGGUGUGUUCACUUCUCGAUCAUUAAUAGGAAAAAGGGCACUUGCCAAGAGCAGCCAGAGACCUCGUUGUGAAAUGGAAAACGUACUUUUCAGGAAAAAAGGUGAAUCAGCGGUAUUGUGUCAUGAGCAAUAAAUGCACUGAAACUAAAAUAGUUGAGAUACAUAAAAAAAAAAGAUUUGGGAUUCCCAUUUUUAAUAAAUGAUGUUUUCACCGGCUGGACUGAUAGACUGAACAGCUGCAACACAGAUGUAUGAUAUGAAAAUUGUAUAUUAGCCAUCAUUAGCUAAUUAAAGAGACAAAUGCCAAUUCAUGUUACACAAUGAUGCUAUUCUGAUGAUGCUGCAUUGUCAUGAUGAGUGUGUGUGUCAUGUUGUUCGGGUUAAGAAGCAAACAAAUGACCCACCAUUUACCACAAACUGGCUGAAGGAUGUGUGAAAAUGUCCCGGGUCUUUACCUCUCUCUCCCCUCACCCCCUGCCUUACUACCUGUCACAGAACAGCAGAGUGCAUCUGAACUGGCAGAAACUCUAACUGUUAGUCCUCCUGAUAUUUGCCGUAUAGUUAUGGCCAAGUAGAAAACCGUACUCUAUAUAUUUCUGUCGCCUAACACUGACAUUUGAAUGAUUAUAUUUCCAACUAAUUAUGUCAUAUCAUCCAUUUUCGCCCUUGCAUGACCAUUAUGUAUUCCUAUUAUCUCUGUUCUCUUAAUGUAAUCUUAGUCAUGCUAUUCACUUUGUAUGGUCCAAAAUGUACAAAAUGUAUAUUCUGGAGCCAGAUGAAUCAAAAGGAUGUUCUGCAGGUCCUCCUCAAACCAGGCUUGGUAUCGUGCAAUACCCAAAAAGGGAAGAUGCGAGAAAACUGAUAUAUCCUUCCAUCAAUUUUUAUGGAUAUAAUAAACAUAAUGUGGCUUAAAGUAGAAAUAAAUGUGCCUUCAAGACUGGUUGUAACAGGUAACAUCAAGAUUUCCAUGCGUACAAAGAUCUGGGGAACUGAACUUGCUUCAUCUGGCUCUACGUGCUUUAUGUGCAUUCUAUUGUAGAUAUGUGAUUUUAACUCUGAAUUGUACAUUAAA